AUGAAAAUUGCCUACGGCGAGAAACUCACCAUCACCGUGUUGGCACUCAUUGGUUGCGUCGCCGCUGACGUCUCACACUUAUCCGGCUCGUACUUGCCGCCCGUACAGCCCCAACCUCAGUAUCUACCACCUGCUCAAGAGUACUUGCCACCUUCUCAACCGCAACCACAAUACUUGCCACCCGCAGCACCGGAGCCACAAUAUCUGCCUCCUCAACCACAAUACUUGCCACCUGUGGCGCCUCAACCCCAGUACCUGCCGCCUGUUGCGCCACAACCUCAAUACUUGCCGCCUGCUGAACCUCAACCACAAUAUCUGCCGCCUGCACCUCAGUACCUGCCUCCUGCCGCUCCAGCACCUGAGUACUUGCCGCCUGUUGAUACACCUGUCGCAGAGGAUGGUUACCGCUAUAGAACCGUGAAGAAGUACCGUUUGAGAAGCCACUAA